AUGGAAGUUCCUGCGGACGCCCUUCAGCAAUUGGCACCUGUGCUGACGAGCUUAUUAUCUCCUGAUAAUACUCAGAGAUCUGCCGCAGAGACUCAGCUCAAUGAUCAAUGGGUUAAGCAACAACCAGAUCUCUUGCUUGUCGGAUUGGCUCAAUUCGUUGCCCAGAACCCUGAAGUGCAGUUGCGUUCGCAUUGCAGUGUCCUUUUGCGUCGUCUUGCUUUCAAGCAGUUCACUUCGGCUACUGAUCCCGAUGCUCGCCUUUGGGAAAUGAUCCAGGAUAACACUAGAAACAGUGUCAAGGAACUUCUUUUGAUGGCCCUCGCCAAUGAAACCGAUCAAGGCACUCGACACAAAGUGGCCGAUACCAUUGCUGAAGUGGCAAAGACGGAUUUGGAAACAAAUGUCAAAUGGGAAGCACUUCUCAAGGCCUUGUUUGAAUGUAGUCAAGCACCCAGCGCUGCUCAUCGUGAAUCCGCAUUCCGUAUCUUUGCCUCUGUCCCUGAUUUGAUUUCUGAUCAGCAUGUCGAUACCCUCAAGAAUGUUUUCCUCACCAGCCUUACUGAUGCCGAAAGCCAAUCUGUCCGCUUGGAAUCAAUGAAGGCUGCAGCUGCUUACAUUGUUCAAUCCGAUGAUCAAGUGCAAAAGGCUAUGGGUGCUUUGAUGCCCAACAUGCUCGAGACUCUUGGCCCUGUUGUCGCUUCUCACGAUGAUCAAACUUUGGUCGAUGGCUUGAUGGUGCUUAUUGAACUCGCUGACAGCGCUCCUAUUCUUUUCAAGCCUGUUUUGCCCAACUUGUUAUCCGUCAUGGUGAACAUUGCCAAGGAUAAGACCUUUGAAGAUCGUACUCGUCAAACUGCUUUGGAGUUGCUCUUGACCCUUGCUGAAGCCAAGACCAGCAUGGUGCGUAAGCAAGAGAACUUUGCUAGUGAGAUCAUUCCUGUGGCUAUGGAAAUGCUUACCGAUAUCGAGGAUGAUCAAUCAUGGUACACCACUGAUGAUCUCGAUGAAGAUGAUAACGAGGAGAACUAUGUGGUUGGUGAAAGCACCUUGGAUAGAAUCGCUCGUACCAUUGGUGGCAAGGGUGUCGUUCCUGUCGCUUUCCAAUAUAUCCCUCAAAUGCUUCAAUCCGGUGAAUGGCAACAACGUCGUGGUGCUUUGAUGGCUAUUUCUUCUAUUGCUGAGGGAUGUGUCAAGGUCAUGAAGCCUGAGCUUGGCAACAUUAUCCAAAUGGUUACGCCUUACCUCAAGGAUCCUCAUCCACGUGUUCGUUACGCUGCUUGCAAUGCUCUUGGUCAAAUGUCUACCGAUUUUGCUCCCUACUUGCAAAAGAACUUCCACCAAGCUGUUAUCACUUCCAUUUUGCCUGUUAUGGAUGACAGCUCUCAACCUCGUGUACAAGCUCAUGCUGCUGCUGCCAUGGUCAACUUUUGUGAGGAAGCUGAAAAGGCAACUUUGGAUCCUUACCUUGAUGCUAUCUUUGAACGUUUGUUGGUUCUCCUUCAAACCUCUAAGGUGUAUGUUCAAGAGCAAGCUAUCACCACCAUUGCCACUGUCGCCGACUCUGCCGAAGACAAGUUUGUCAAGUAUCACUCCGUGAUCAUGCCUCUCCUCCUCAACAUUUUGCGUGGUGCCACUGAUAAGCAAUAUCGCCUCUUGCGUGGUCGUGCUAUUGAAUGUGCUUCAUUGAUUGGUCUCGCUAUUGGCAAGGAAGGUUUUGCUCCCUACACCCAAGACUUUAUCCAAAUCUUGGCUGAGAUCCAGCAAUCGGUGACUGAUCCCGAUGAUAUUCAAACCACUUACUUGCUUGCUGCUUGGGCCCGUAUGUGCAAGAUGAUGGGUCAAGACUUUUUGCCUUAUCUCCCCAACAUCAUGCCACCUCUUCUUCAAUCCGCACGUGUCACUCCUGAAUUCACCUUUGUUGAUCCCGAGGAGGAGGAUGUUGAGGCUAAGUAUCCUUCCGAAGAUGGUUGGGAAUUUGUUGGUAUCAAUGGCCAACAAAUUGGUAUCAAGACCUCGGUUCUUGAAGAAAAGCACACUGCCAUUGAAAUGCUUGUGAGCUAUGCACGUGAUCUUGGUGCUGGUUUCUUGCCCUAUGUUCCUCAAGUCUUGGAGAUUGCACUUCCUCUUCUCAAGUUUUACUUCCACGAUGGUGUACGUCAUGCUGCAGCUGCCCUUAUUCCCUUGUUGCUUCGUGAUGCAAAGGAAGCCAAUAUCGCUCCCAACGAAUUGCAAACCAUGUGGAACACUAUCUUUGAAAAGGUCAUGAACAUUAUGAACAAGGAAGACGACAUCACUUUCCUCGCUCAAUUGUACUCUACUUUCUACGAGUGUGUUGAAGUCCUUGGUGAGAACUCUUUGCAACCCGCUCAUCUCGAAGCCUUCACUACUGCUGCUGAGGGUCAACUCAAGAUGUACCUUGAACGUUUGACCUUGCAAGAAGCCGAGAAGCAAAAUGGCGAAUAUGAUCCUGAGGAUGAUGAACAAGCUAUGGAGGAUGAGAUCACUGAGGAGGAUGCUCUUAGUGAACUUGCACGUGCUUUCCAAGCCAUCUUCAAGACCCAUCAAGCCGUUUUCUUGCCCUACUUUGAAAAGCUGCUGCCAUUGGUUGUUCAAUUCCUUAACCACCCCAGCAUGGCUGCUCGCCAAUGGGCUGUAUGUAUCUUUGACGACUUUGUGGAAUACCUUGGUCCUGUCUCUUUCAAUUACUCCAACUACUUUAUGCAAAGCAUGGUCAAUGCUCUUCAAGAUCCUGCUCCCGAAGUUCGACAAGCUGCUGCUUAUGGUCUUGGUGUGUGUGGUCAAUUUGGUGGCCCUCAAUACGCUGAUGUGUGUGCUGGUUCCCUCAACGCACUCUUUGGUAUCAUUAACGCACCCAACGCUCGUGAUGAAAGCGUAGUGUUCGUAACUGAAAAUGCCAUCUCUGCCGUAUCCAAGAUUUGCAAGUACAACAGCAGCAAGUUUGCUUUGGAUGAAGUUUUGUCGGCUUGGUUUGCAUCCCUUCCCAUCAUUUACGAUGAACUUGAAGCUAUCAGCGUAUACACUUAUCUCUUGGAAUUGCUGGAGCAGAACCAUCCUAGCAUCUUGGGUCAAAACAACGCCAACAUUCCCAGCUUGGUUAAGAUUUUCACUGAGGUCCUCGCAGCUGAUAUUCUUCAACCCGAACUUACUGGCCGUGUUGUUAACAGUCUCAAGGUUAUCCUUGGUGGUGUGGAUGAUGCUACUCGAUCACAGCUGUGGAAUGCUAUUCCUGUCGACACCAGAGCCAUCCUUCAAGAGAAGGGUUACGUCUAG